CUGGCCUUUUCUCGUUCUCUGAUACAUGCUACACGCGUCCAUUUUCUUUUCAUAGCAGUGUACUACACCGAAACGUCUUCUCGGUCUCAUGCGUUCCAGAGGAGGCUGCUCACAGAUCGUAGCCCCGUAGGCUGACAUGACGCAAAACAAGGCUGAAAGUGCCAUUCGAUUAUUCAUCGUCCUUAAAUAGAGCCACACGUUGCCCAGGCACACCUCUUUGAAGCUAGGAUGAGACUUGCUAGUCCGGCUGCCUCACAUCCGCCGGUGCCGUGGUUUACUGCUCCACCUUGCGCAGCUCGACUCCGUUCCAGUCUAGGCAGCAAAAGUCUCCCAUCUGGUGCUUUUUGAUUAGUGACCAAUGGCUGGCGCAGAUCACAUCCAGAUAUUGAAUGAUGGCAUCAAACAGCUCAAGGAGGAUCGAAUAAAUGGUGCCCGCGUCCUAGCGACGAACGCUCUGCAGACACUACGGGCCAUCACGCUAAAUAGCAGCGACACAAUAUCUACGCCAGAAGAGCUAUGGGAUCUACUUCGACUUGCUUCCUACAAAUUGAUCCUUGCUCGGCCAAGCAUGAGUGCUGCAGUAACAAGUGCUCUAGUCAACUGUCUGCAAGCCGUGCAAGAAUCUGCAUCCAGAGAAUCCUCGGAGGAACCGAAUGCUUCUAUCGCUCUCCCCGUGCACAAAGAGGCAGUAGCAAACACCAUCUGUGAACAGAUCAAGAAGAGAAACGAAAGCAUGUCGAGGCUUUCGAAGGCGUUUGUGGAAUAUCUCCGUCAUCUCCUCACAAAGAAAACUCGGGUUCACAUUCUCACUCUGUCCUCUUCUUCCACGAUUUUCGCGUGUCUGGAGCAAGCUGUGAACGAACUUGCUGGGCUUUCAAUGACGAUCACAGUACUCGAGUCACGGCCACGUAUGGAAGGGGCCACAUUUGCUGUUAAUUUCUUGAGCAAGAUGAAGUCUAGAGGCAAGGGCAACAACAUCGAAGUGGUCGUGGCCCCGGACUCUCACGUCUGCACCGUAGCAAAAUCCAUCGACAUGUUGCUCCUUGGGGCUGAUCGAAUCUCCUCUGCCGGCGACGUUUGUAACAAGAUGGGGAGUUUCCCAGCUGCCAUGGCUGCUAAAACCCUUUCGAAAGCAGACGUGGUUGUAAUCACAGAGACCGACAAGAUCGCUCGCCCUGGUGUGACAGAAGCACAUGGACACGAAAAUAACGAUUCGAGAGAGGUGUACUCCGGAUGGCCGGAAGACACGAUAGCAGUGAUGAAAUCUUUGUCGAAGAGUGACUUCGAUGUCCGCAACAUUUAUUUUGAGUGGAUUCCAAGCGAGUAUGUAUCCAUGUACGUUACUGAACGCGGAAUUCUCGACGCACAUGCCAUUAAACGCAUGUCGGAAGAGCGGGCGGUCAUGGAAGACGAGCUUUUUAGUAAUAGCAUAAAAGAAAGUGCAAUGCUAGAGUAAUGCGAAAUUGCAAGAAUCUUGAACACAUUCAGAGUAUGUU